AUGUUAGCCAUCAUGAUUCUUCAAUUCCUGUUGCUGUUGCAUGCUACCGAAGCACAUCAAAAUCCACGUAUCAUAGAGCACCCGAUAGACACCACAGUGCCACGCCAUGAUCCCGCCACACUUAACUGCAAGGCGGAAGGAAUACCGUCCCCGUCUAUACAGUGGUAUAAAGACGGAUCUCCGUUGAAGAUAUUUCAGGGGUCCCAUCGCAUAGCGCUGCCGGCAGGCGGUUUGUUUUUUCUCAAGGUCGUAAAUUCAAGACGAGAAAGUGACGCAGGCGUGUACUGGUGCGAAGCACGGAACGAAGAAGGGACAGCCCGCAGUCAAAAUGCCACUCUACAAGUAGCAGUGCUCCGAGAGGAAUUUCGACUCGAACCCCAACACACCCGAGUGGGACAAGGAGAAACGGUAUUGCUCGAGUGUGGUCCGCCGAAAGGAGUGCCAGAACCAACCAUUGCGUGGCGCAAAAAUGGUCAAAAAUUAGACGUUGAAACCUUUAAGCGAAUUCGUAUCGUGGAUGGAGGAAACCUAGCCAUACAGGAUGUUCGCCUAACAGAUGAAGGGCAGUACCAGUGCGUCGCCAAAAAUUUGGUUGGAGUCCGGGAAUCCGCUACCGCGUUUCUGAAAGUUCACGUCAAACCGUUUCUAAUACGAGGUCCCCUUGACCAAACCGUCGUAGAAGGCACUUCAGUGACCUUUCAGUGUCGAGUUGGAGGAGAUCCCAUGCCAGACGUGCUAUGGCGCAGGACAGCUUCCGGGGGCAAUAUGCCACUAGAACGUGUACACAUUCUUGAAGACAGAAGCCUUCGUUUGGAGAAAGUAAUACUGGACGAUGAAGGAGAGUAUAGUUGCGAAGCGGACAAUGCCGUGGGAGCCAUAUCAGCCACGGGAACUUUGACCGUACAUUCUCCUCCCCAUCUGGCCAUAAGACCCGUUCCGCAGGUAGUGGAAGCUGCUAACGAUGUGUCGUUCGAAUGUAAAUCGGAAGGUCGACCCAAGCCAACCACAUUCUGGUCGAUCGAGGGAAACCGAACACUCAUCUUUCCCGGAUUGGCUUUCAAUCGAUUUGAAUCGUUCAAUACUCAGGAAAGCUUGACAGUUUUAACGCUAUCACAGACAACAAAAUCGGACAAUGGUAUCGUGGUGGUUUGCAGUGCCGUGAAUAGUGUGGGAUCGAUUAGUGCACGUGCCCGGCUUACCGUAAUAUCUCAAGACGAUCGACCUCCUCCGAUCAUCAUCCUGGGACCGACGAAUCAAACACUUCCUACUAAGUCCAUCGUGGAAAUGCCUUGCAAAGCGGUCGGCAAUCCUAAUCCUAUCAUUUCGUGGUACCUCGACGGAAAUCCAGUGGUUUCAUCGGACCGCAUCCACAUGACCGAGAAUGGUACUCUGCUGAUACGUGAGCUAGAGAAGAGUACCGACCAGGGCCUGUACACAUGUGUUGCUAGCAGCCGCAGUGGAAAAUCGACUUGGAGUGCCUAUCUGCGCUUAGAGCUGGCCACGAAUCCUAAUGUAAACUUCUACCGCGCCCCAGAGCCAUCUGCCUUUCCCAGUGCUCCGGGGAAACCACAAAUCGUUAACUCUACCAACAACUCUGUUACCAUUUCUUGGUUGCCGAGCAUUAGCUCUGGUGCAUCUGACCUUACCGGCUACCUGAUUGAGGUAUUCUCGAACGACAUUUCCAAAGGGUGGUUGACGGUACCGUACAAAAUUUCCUCAACCACCUAUACCUACUCUGGUGUGUUGACAAACGCAACCUAUACCUUUAUCGUACGCGCCGAGAAUGAUCAAGGAAUUGGUAUUCCAAGCUUAAUGUCCGACCCAGUCACGGUCGGAAGAGUGUUCAAUGAUGGCCAAAACAUCAAUCUUAGCGAGGCACAGGCAACUCUUUCUUCGAACCAAGCGGUAAAGCUUCUUGAAGCUAACGCAACGGAUGCUACCAGCGUGAGGUUGGUGUGGGACAUUGAGAACGGACAGUACGUUGAAGGUUUCUACAUCUAUUCUCGGAAGAUGAAAUCGAAUGGAACGUACCACACGCUGACGGUCCUGCACGGUGGGGGCGCGUCUGCUUGCACCAUAAAUGGGUUAGAAAAAUACACUGAGUAUGAGUUCUUCUUGAUUCCAUUCUUCAAGACCAUUCAGGGACGUCCGUCAAAUUCGAGAAUCGCUAGCACGCUGGAAGAUGUUCCUUCCUCAUCGCCAGUCAAUAUGGAAGCCUUACUUUUGAAUACGUCCUCAGUUUACCUCAAGUGGGACCCACCGGUUAAGGAGUCCAUCAACGGAAAGUUAAAACACUAUCACAUAAUAAUCCGUGGCUACGAUGCGCACAAUAUUUCGAAAGUGCUCACAAACAUGACGGUAGAAGGUGAGGCACCGAAACUAUUACUGGCGAAUCUCUCGGCCGGUGUAACAUAUUCAGUUAGCAUCGCUGCAUCCACAAAGGUUGGAAUAGGUCCUUACAGCAUUCCGUCGAUCCUGAGGCUCGAUCCACACACAAAGCGUCUAGACCGCGGUUACACCAGGUACCCGAUAAACCACGACUACUCGCAUGACAUAUUGACUCAGACAUGGUUUAUUAUCCUGCUCGGCUCAAUCAUCGCUAUUAUCGUGUUUCUCCUCGGGGCCAUCGUUAUCUUUCGCCGCAUACAGUUAAUGAAGCACAGCUCAUUGAAUAAUAUGCAUGGCAAUCACGCAAUCGGGACAUUGCGGAAGUUCCCCACGCUUCCGUUAAAUCCAAAUGGCGUCUGGAUCGAUCCGGGAGGUGGUGUUUGGAGGCAGGCAUCCGAUGUUACCAAGGAAGCAAUCACCGAUUACACUCAGGUGUCAUCGGCUCCCACGCUUCCGUUGCCAGACUAUGAACGAUUGUCCCCACUGAAUAUGCCCGACUACGCUGAAGUCGCCGGUUGUUCGUCAUUUAAAAACGACCUAGGCCAAACACCCUGUUACGAUAACUACGGAGCCUACGCGUCAACAACACUGGUCGGAUGUUCCGCGCAAAUGUUUGGGCCAAAUCACUUCGGCCUAGGAAAAAGUGUCUACUCGGCGCCAACAGUUACAGUGGCCACUGCGUCUGGUGGAUGUCUCUACAAUAAUUUCAUAAAUCAACAGCAUCAGCAGCGCCACCAGCAGCAACUUCAGCAGCAGCAUGCACCCCCCUACGGACUUCAGUCACAAAUCGGAGUGCAUGACAAGCGAGAGCGAGACGCGCAUGGACGUCCCACCGGCAGCGGUGGCGGUAGCAUGAAAAACCAGAAAAUGAACAUCACCGAAAAUCGGAUGUCCGACAUGUUGAACAAUUUGAACCAAUCUUCAUCGACGGUCCAGCAGGAGGAGGCAGGCGGGCUGGGAUCAUCGUUGUACGGCGGCUCAACGGUUAGCAAUCUAUACGCUGGCAGCCACUGUAGUCUACUUCCGGCCGGCCAGCCGAUGGCGACCACCUCUGCGAUGGCGAUGGACGUGAUGGUCAACAUGUCACUGGGACCCGUCAGUAGUCCCGGCACGCCCGGGAUCGGCGGCAGCAGCAGCGUCCCACAAACACCCCUCUUCGGCACUAUCAAGCGAACGGUAAAGUACAACAAAAUUGGCUACAAUAAGGAUAAUAAACUCAAUUUCGGCGAUAAUGGCCGAUCGGCGGAGCAGCAACUAUUCGUCAAAUCAAAGCACGACGGCACCUGGUCGUCCGUGCCAAGCACGGCUGCAACAUCGGUCAGCAGCAUCAACAUGAUUAAUUCGCCAUAUCAUCAGCAGCAGAACCAACAUUAUUUCGUGCAGCAGCAUCCAUUGUCACAUCACCCGCUGUCGCACCCCAAUAGUAGCGGUCACAAGCAGCAGCAGCCACUUCCGGCUUCUCCAACAGCACCACCACCACCUUCCACUACUCAGCAAACUUCUUCUAUUGUCCUUCAUUACCACCACCCACUUCACCAUCAUUCUCUGGCCGGCUCAUCCUUUCCGGAACAGUUUCCCUGCUCGUCGUCACAGCCCUCGUCGGCUCACUAUGGUAUGCAAACAAAUAUUAUAGAUAAUCAACCAGCGUCGAUCUGCAACAAUGGCGCCACAAACUCCGCCGACACGAGUCCGAUUGCCCAGCAACAACCAUCAAGCAACCAUUUAACCAGUUUCGGAAAAAUGGAUAAUCUGUAAAUAUUCUCA